AUGGCGUCGAGUUCCGACGAGGGCGAGAUCAUGGAGAAUGACGCCGUGGAUUUGAAGGCAACUUCACUGCCGAAGAAGUUUGAAGGAAACGGUGUUGACCGUCAAGACAGAACUCGAGAUAGACGCUCGGCCUCCAACUCCCCCGAGUACGACAGUUCCGCCAGAAACAACUACCACUUUUCGAGACGCAGCCGUUCCCCCCCGCCGCCCCGCGGCUUUAAGCGCGCCCGUGACGAGCGUGACUACGCUGGUGGAGGACGACAGGAAACCCGCCGCUUCCGCGUGCAUUACGAAGACGGCGCAAGGGAUGACUACCGCCGCUCACGCGUAUCGUACGAAGACCUAGACCGCCCGCCGUCCCGCGGCUCGAACACCAGCUACGACGGUCGCGACAGGAACCGCAGCCGCGAGAGAGACGCAUACAGAGACAGGGACAGGGAGCGCGAUCGCGAGAGGGACCGAUACCCGGAUAAGAGACAGCGUAACCGUACCAGGUCGCCCUACCGGCCCCCGCGCGGUGAGCGAGGAGGUCGCGAUGAUCACUACGCCAGAGACGGCGGGCGCGAUCGUCUCACCGAUUCGUUCCGCGGCUUAAAGUACGAUGACAACAGGGACCGAAACGCCCGAAACGGAGGCGCGGCGCCGAACGGGGUCGCUGUAGGAAUGGAUUCGCGCGCUUCCAGACAAGAUGCUAAACCUGUGAAAGACUCUGCAGACCGUGAAAAUUCUGCGGCUUCUCGCUCUCGGGGCCAGGCGUCCGUCUCCCCUCCUCCCUCCAAGAGGACUCGGUUCCUGCUAACGCCCGACGAUAGCGCUCCGCAGGUGGUGGAACCUGAUCAUAGCUACGAUGAGCCCGAGGAGCCGAUGGUCAUUGACGAGGAAGCUGAGAUCGAACGCAGGCGACGACGCCGUGAUGAGCUACUCGCAAAGUCUAGUUCAGCUACUCCACUGCUUAUUCACGCAUUGCAUGCGACUGACAAGUCGGCGAUUCCAUCACCAGCCCGGGAAAGCACUCCAACAGCGGAUAUUGGUACCCCAGGCACAGGUAAGAAUCUUGUCCUCCAGAGUUUGACAGAGGCUAAGUUUGCAGACAUUGCCUCACCAGCCCGAGACGGGAGUUCGCCUGGCGCUAUUGACAUUGUGAAUGAGAGUGACCUCAUGAACACUCAUGGCGGUGGCGACGCAAUGGAAGAGGACGGCCCCUCAGCUGCAGAUUACGAUCCCACGGCCGACAUGAAGGAGGACGAGAGGCGCGAUGAACUGCGACACGGCAACGUGGGCGUUCAUGGCGAAGCUCCUGACACAAAGCACGAGACGCAGCCACAGGAUCAACCUCAGGAAGCCCCCGCGAAGAAGUCAUCAGAAGACGACGACGACGAUGACGAUUUCGACAUGUUUGCUGAAGACUUCGAUGAUGAAAAGUACGCCGCACCUAACCCUGUCAAGGUAGCUGUGGUGGACGAGUCCAAGGCCUCACCCGCUCUUGCGCCGACAAACGGAGCCAUUCUCGAGGGCGACGACAAGGACGGUUAUUACAAGCUUCGCAUUGGCGAGAUCCUCAACGGCCGUUAUCAGGUCCAGUCGGCUUUGGGCAAGGGUAUGUUUUCCGGCGUUGCGCGGGCCGUCGACAUUACGAACAAGAAACUGGUCGCUGUCAAGAUUAUGAGAAACAACGAUGCGCUGAGGAAGGGAGGUUUCACCGAGAUUGCCAUUCUGCAAAAGCUCAACGACGCCGAUCCAGAAAAUCGCAAGCACAUUGUCAAGUUUGAACGGCAUUUCGACCACAAGGGCCACCUGUGCAUGGCGUUUGAGAACCUGAGUCUUAACCUGCGCGAAGUGCUCAAGAAAUUCGGCAACAAUGUCGGUAUCAACUUGAGUGCUACGCGAGCAUACGCCCAUCAAAUCUUCAUUGGCCUUGCUCACAUGCGCAAAUGCAGUGUCAUCCAUGCAGAUUUGAAGCCUGACAAUAUCUUAGUCAACGAGAGCCGAAAUGUGCUCAAAAUCUGUGACUUGGGAACCGGCAUCGACAAGUCUGAUGCAGCCACAGCGCACAACGAGAUCACCCCGUACCUAGUCAGUCGCUUCUACAGAGCACCAGAGAUCAUUCUCGGUAUGCCCUACGAUUACUCCAUCGACAUGUGGUCCAUCGGUGCCACCUUGUACGAGCUGUACACGGGCAAAAUCCUCUUCGCGGGCGACAGCAACAAUCAGAUGCUCAAGGCCAUCAUGGAGAUCCGUGGCAAGAUCACGCCAAAGCUCUACAAACGGGGUCAACUCUCGGCGAUGCACUUUGAUGAAAUGGGCAACUUUGUCAGCAUGGAGCGGGACAAGGCGCUUGGAAAGAGUUGCUAUUUUGGCCGACGGGGUCCCGAGAUGGGUCUAGUGGAGGCGGAGUGCGGCUCUAUGCGGGCCGUCCGUCAGUCAAGGCCGAGCGCGUGCCCCGGAACGCUCGCGUCGCGAUGCCGCCCAGCUGACGGGCUGGUCGUCGUCGACAUUGGACCAGUCACGAUACUGUUGGAAGCAAACACUCCGGACUGUUCGGACUCGCAUGACUUGCUGGGGUGGAAUGGUAUCCCAGUAUGGAAGGCCCGCGAACGAAUCCUCCCAUCUUCGGAGGAUGAGCUGUCUCAGGGACUGUUUGUCACGGCCGCAUCAUCUCAACUUCGCUCCAUAUCUAGUUUCCCCUACAUACCCCUGUUUUUUUGCCUCUCCGCCACCCCUUGUGUCCUGCACAAAGGGUCCAACGUGUCGGGUCGAUUUACAACCGCCAGGGUCCUGCCCGUCGUCAAACCAACGCGUGAUCUGCGCACCCGCCUCUUUGCCGCGUCAGCGGGUAUGAACGACGCCGAGACGAGGGACCUGAACCAUUUUGUCGACCUGCUCGAGCACUGCUUGACGCUUAACCCGGAGAAGAGGAUCAAGCCCGCCGACGCGCUGAAGCAUCCCUUCUUUACUGCGAAGGCCGCGGCGCCUGUGAAGAGAUGA